AUUCCUGUUCCAGUGCUGAGCAUCGCGAUGCGGGCGUAAUCGGUGGAAUUUUCCCCAGGAAAAGCCGUGAAAAAGAGUGCCUUCUGAGUGCCCGUGCUCGUGCGUGGCGUGAUUCGUGUGUGCCGUGAAGUGUCUUCUCCUCGUGCAGCGACGACGCCUACCUGUUUACCUUUUUUGUGCGGUCAAAACAAAUGACGCACUCGUGAAGCAAAAAAGGAGUUCUCAGCGGAAGUACUGGAUAUGCACGGUCCGUCAGUGGAAACGUCUUCCUAGUUGCAUCGCACCCUUCAUCCUGAUUUAUGAAGCAGCCCGGGAGUUUCUCUGACAACUGGUGAUCAAUUAUUUAUAAUCCCCGUCCCCCCUUGGUCCGAUUGUGUUUUUCCAGGUUUCUAGGUGUUUUGCAGUCCGUUUUGCGCUCAGCCUCAGGUGCUAGAGAAAGAGAGAUUGUGUGCUGAUCAGAGGAACGUUGUGCAGAGAUUGUGAAGAUGCCAUCUGAAACGCCACCCCCGAAAAUUCCAUCACCAAGUGCAAGUGUGUCGGUGUUGGAGCAGCAACAGCGCCCCAAGACCCCAUCAUCAGUGCCACCAGUGUCAUCCACACCCUCAUCUUCCCAAUUGUCCCACCUCAAUCCAAAUUGUCAGCAGGGCCAGCAAGCGGCCACGGCUGGCCAGCAAGAGCAACAAUCAUUCUCGAGUUUGCCCACCACAUCACAGAACCACUCUGAGCCGCAGCAGUUCUGUCUCAAGUGGAACAGCUAUCAAUCGAACUUGACGAGUGAAUUUGACCAGUUGCUGCAGAAUGAGUCCUUUGUCGAUGUCACCCUCGCCUGCGAUGGUCACUCAAUUAAGGCCCACAAAAUGGUGCUGUCCGCAUGCAGCCCGUACUUUCAGGCGCUGUUCUUCGACAACCCGUGCCAGCAUCCCAUCAUCAUCAUGAAGGAGGUGAAGUGGCCCGAGCUCAAGGCCGUGGUGGAGUACAUGUACAAAGGCGAGAUCAAUGUGAGCCAGGAUCAGAUCGCGCCCCUUCUGCGGGUCGCCCAGAUGCUGAAGAUCCGCGGCUUGGCCGACGUGAACGGCGAUCAGGAUGUCAAUCCGUCUGCCAGCACGUCAGGCUCCGCCAACGGUGGCCACCAGUCGGGCGCGGGCUCGUCCGGGAAGUCGGACGCGAAUGCGAAGAAGCCGCGCCUCGCGCGGGACUUUGACGUGCACGAGCGGAGUAGCAACGGUGCCGGCGGCGCGUCCGCGAGCUCAGGUGGACAGGCCCGCGAUGGUGGCGAUAAUGUGGCGGCCGGUCGCAGUGGGCGGAAGAGACGCUGGCUCGCGGGGGAGAGCCAGACAGGCGCCGGAAGUCCCGGAGACGCCUCCACACCUGACAAUUUGGAGCCACCCUCGCCCAUCCCCAUGCAGAAUCACCCAAGUUCAAGCAUCACCCACCCACCAGCAUCCACCCCAACGCCAUCCAUGCCAUUCCCCGUCCCGCCCCACCUCGACACCAUGGGGCUGUCGUCUUUGGCGCUCAACAAUCCAGACGACAUGGAAAUCAAGCCGGGAAUAGCCGAAAUGAUACGCGAGGAAGAAAGGGCGAAACUCUUGGAAAACUCACAUGCCUGGUUAGGUGCUUCGACGUCAUCAAUUGCUGCAGACUACCCGAAUCUGCUGAAGCUGAAGACGCCGAUGUGGACGCAACAGCAGCUGAAGGAUGCCAUUAGCGCCGUGGUGACGCAGAAGAUGCGCUUCACGCAGGCCUCUGUGCGCUACAACAUCCCCAAGGGCACGCUGUACGAUAACAUCCUGGGAAAGUCGAACCGCAUGCAGGUGCUGGAGGAGGCCGGCCUGGAUGGCACGGAGGAGAACGCCGUGCUGGAGUUCUGCUGCGACGUGUCCGUGUCGCCGUACAAUCGGCGCACGAAGAAGUCACUAGCUAGUAUUUUGGAAUUUGUACAGAAGCUCAAGAUGGAGCACAGCUUUCAGUUCUCCGGCAAGUCCGGCUUCCGGUGGUGGUGGGCCUUCUGCAAGAAGUACUCCAUCGUGUCGCUGCACUACGACGGCAACGCGGACGAGAAGUGCCUCAACAGCUCAUAAGAGUCCUUCACCAAUUUCUAUCUCCUUCACCCCCUCGUAUUUUACUCUGUAGAUUUUGGUAGAGUGCAAAUAAUUACCAUGCAGAAGAAUUGGCGUGUGAAAUUCUUACGUUUUAUCUCCCUAAGCAAGCAAAAUUUACCAAAUUUUUUUUUAUUAAUAUUAAUACUCCAUUACGAUAUGAUAGGAACUAAAGAGCUAUAAAUUUGUGUCUUACAAUUUUACACACUUUUGUGGUAUGAUAUUUCGAUAAAGUGCUUUUUGGAAUAAUAUUGCGAUCUUACACAAAUUGUAUAAAAAAUUUCUGAUGAAAUGUUGAAGUUUUGUACACAAGAAAGACAUUUUUUUCGAUAUAUUUACACUACCUUUGCUGUUAACUCAAGACAUUCCACUAUGUUUACUGAUGAAGACAAUCAAAAAGAUGUAAUUUGUAGAGCUUAAGUUAGUUUGUUAGGUAAUUUUAUCAAAUAGGAAUAUAUUUUCAUGUAAAGAUCACUGCAAGAAGUGAAUUUUUACUUUGAGGAUAGAAAUAAAAACGUGACAUUGUGAAAAUCUUCCACAUUUUUUCACUGUGAUUAUAUUUGGCGUGCGAGUGGAUUUUGUUGGGCACGCAGAGAGAGAAAAACAAAGCCAAGAAUAGUCAAAAAGACAUUGGACGAUGACUUCUAAGCAUAUUAAAAUAUUUACUUGUUUAAUUACAAAUAAUUGAAGUUAACGGCAAAAAGCAUUUGCGCAGUUGAGAAUUAAUUAAAUUUAUUUAAUCAUACUCCUCCGUAUUUGCAGGCGG